AGCCGGGGCUGCGCCUCCAGGGCGAGGCUGCACGGCGGCGGCGGCGGGCGGGGGGCGCGCUGGCAUCCGGACAGCGUUUGGUUUUCAUUUUAUUUUUUUUUAAAUUGAGGCCGUGGAGGAGGGAAUUGGAGUCGGCCCCACUGGCUGUGUGCUUUCGUCUCGAUUUCUGCCCACGCUCGCACCAUUCCUCCUGGUGAGGGAGGGACUCGCACCGCCACCCCGCGGACCGAUAACUCGAGCCCCGUGCAGGCGGGGAUGGUUGUGCGCGCCUGGCCGCUCCCUCCCAGGUCUCUUCGGCCCGAAGCUGGGGGGCGCAGAGGCUGAGCCGCGUCGCCUUUCGGGGAUCCGCCGCCAGAAGGUUCGGGACCGCCGGCAGUAACGAGAGCCCUGGCCAAAGGUCGCGGCGUGCGCAGGCGGCGGGGCCCCGGCAGCCGACGCACGUUGGCUUCAGAGGGGAUUCUGCAAAGAAAGCUUCCCUUCGCCCCUGAGCGACGCCCCAGGAGCCAGACGGAACGACAGCCCCUUCUAGCCCCCUUUCCUCGCCGUGCCGCCCCCCGGGACCCUCCCGAAGUGCCCCCGUCCAGGGCUCUGGCCCUGGCCACCCGCUGAAGAAGCCGCAGCCACCGGGGGAUUGGGAGAUUUCACACUUCAUGGGCCGGCCGAGGGGGCGCCGGGCGCCGGGCGAGGGGGCUACCUAGAGCUUGGUUAGGGGCGGCCGAGCGCCGGGCGAGGCACUGCGGAGGGACCAGCGAAGGGUGGCGGAGAGACCUGAUAGGGGCGACCGAGAGCCCGGCGAGGAGCGGUCAACAGCCCGGGGAACGCGCCCUCGGGGCGGACAGCGCGACGGUCCUCUCCGAGGCGAUGCCCGGGCGGCUGCGGGCAGCCGGCCGCCCGAGGUCCUAGGUGGGCAUGGACCUGGCGCCCCAGUCCUAGGGACCCUCGAACUUCGCCGCUCUCCUUGGACUCGCCGGACCAACGCAAUGGCCUCGGAAGUAGUGUGCGGGCUCAUCUUCAGGCUGCUGCUCCCCAUCUGCCUGGCAGUAGCGUGUGCGUUCCGGUACAAUGGGCUCUCCUUUGUCUACCUCAUCUACCUCUUGCUCAUCCCCCUGUUCUCGGAACCAACAAAAGCAACGAUGCAAGGACAUACGGGCCGGUUAUUAAAGUCUCUGUGCUUCACCAGUCUUUCCUUCCUGUUGCUUCACAUCAUUUUCCACAUCACGUUGGCCAGCCUGGAAGCUCAACAUCGUAUCGGACCUGGUUACAACUGCUCAACAUGGGAAAAGACAUUUCGGCAGAUUGGCUUUGAAAGCUUAAAGGGAGCUGAUGCCGGCAAUGGGAUCAGAGUGUUUGUGCCUGAUAUCGGGAUGUUCAUUGCUAGUCUGACCAUCUGGCUCGUCUGCAGGAACAUCGUUCAGAAACCCGUGACCGAAGAAGGAGCACAGUAUAACUCGGAGUUUGAAAAUGAAGAAUUGGCCGGAGGAGAAAAAAUAGAUCCAGAAGAGGCACUGAUCUACGAAGAGGAUUUAGAUGAAGGGGACGGUGUGGAAGGCGAGGUGGAAGAGAGCACGAAGUUAAAAAUGUUCCGCAGACUCGCCUCGGUGGCCUCCAAGCUUAAGGAGUUUAUCGGCAACAUGAUAACCACUGCUGGAAAAGUUGUGGUGACCAUUUUACUCGGUUCAUCAGGUAUGAUGUUGCCAUCUUUGACCUCAUCUGUGUACUUCUUUGUAUUUUUGGGUCUGUGCACCUGGUGGUCCUGGUGCCGGACGUUUGAUCCAUUGCUGUUCAGCUGUCUCUGUGUGCUGCUGGCUAUUUUCACUGCGGGGCACUUGAUUGGACUUUAUUUAUACCAGUUCCAAUUCUUUCAAGAAGCAGUUCCACCCAAUGACUACUAUGCAAGGUUGUUUGGUAUCAAAUCAGUCAUUCAAACAGACUGUUCCAGCACGUGGAAGAUCGUAGCAAACCCAGACCUGUCAUGGUAUCACCAUGCCAACCCCAUAGUCCUGCUGGUGAUGUACUAUACGCUGGCAACUCUGAUCCGCAUCUGGCUGCAGGAACCCCUUGUGCAGGAUGACAGGACCAAAGAAGAGGACAGAGCCCUGGCUUGUAGCCCCAUCCAAAUAACAGCUGAGAGGAGGCGAAGCCUGUGGUAUGCCACACAGUACCCAACGGAUGAGAGAAAACUUUUAUCCAUGACCCAAGAUGACUACAAACCAUCUGAUGGCCUGCUGGUGACUGUGAAUGGCAAUCCCGUAGACUACCACACCAUCCACCCCAGUCUCCCCGUAGAGAACGGCCCCGCCAAAGCCGACCUGUACUCCACCCCACAGUACCGGUGGGAGCCCUCUGAAGACUCCUCAGAAAAGAAAGAGGAAGAAGGGGAGGAGAAGGAAGACUUUGAGGAGGAAAGGAGCCAUGAGGAGAAACGAAGUGUUAAAGUUCAUGCCAUGGUCUCUGUGUUCCAGUUUAUUAUGAAACAAAGUUACAUCUGUGCCCUUAUUGCCAUGAUGGCUUGGAGCAUCACCUAUCACAGCUGGUUGACUUUUGUGUUGUUGAUUUGGUCAUGCACCCUUUGGAUGAUUCGCAACAGAAGAAAAUAUGCCAUGAUCAGCUCUCCUUUCAUGGUCGUCUAUGGAAAUCUGUUGCUGAUAUUACAGUAUAUAUGGAGUUUUGAACUUCCUGAAAUUAAAAAGGUCCCAGGAUUUUUAGAAAAGAAAGAGCCAGGAGAACUUGCCUCAAAGAUACUUUUCACCAUUACUUUUUGGCUACUGCUGAGGCAGCACCUCACGGAGCAAAAAGCUCUCCAAGAAAAGGAAGCUCUUUUAUCUGAGGUCAAAAUCAGAAGUCAGGAAAAUGAAGGAAAAGAUGAUGAGCAAGAGCUACAAAUGGAAGGAGAGGCUGAGGAGAAGGAGGGAGAGGAAGCAAAGGAAGAAAAGCAAGAGAGAAGGAAGGAAGAAGAAGAAGAAAUGGAAGAAGAUGACAACCAGGACAUCAUGAAAGUGCUGGGCAAUUUGGUGGUGGCCAUGUUCAUCAAGUAUUGGAUCUACGUGUGUGGAGGAAUGUUCUUCUUCGUCAGCUUCGAGGGUAAAAUUGUGAUGUACAAAAUCAUCUACAUGGUGCUGUUUCUGUUCUGUGUGGCCUUGUAUCAGGUGCACUACGAAUGGUGGAGGCGAAUCCUAAAAUAUUUUUGGAUGUCUGUGGUUAUUUACACUAUGCUGGUGCUUAUCUUUAUAUACACAUAUCAGUUUGAAAACUUCCCAGGCCUGUGGCAAAAUAUGACAGGAUUGAAAAAAGAAAAGCUUGAGGAUCUCGGCUUAAAACAGUUCACCGUAGCAGAACUAUUCACUCGCAUCUUCAUCCCAACCUCCUUUCUGUUGGUGUGCAUUUUACACCUCCACUACUUCCAUGAUCGGUUCCUGGAGCUCACGGACCUGAAGUCCAUUCCCAGCAAGGAAGACAGCGCCAUCUACAGCCAUGCCAAAGUCAAUGGGCGCGUAUAUCUAAUAAUAAAUAGCAUCAAGAAAAAAUUACCAAUCCACCAAAAUGAACUGGCCCACCCUGAAGGAAGCCUUCCAGACCUUGCCAUGAUGAAUCUGACUGCCAGCCUGGAGAAGCCGGACUUGAAGAAGCUGGCUGAGUCUGGGGAGGACAAGCCAGAGGAAUGCCCUGAAAAGGCUGAGCUUGGGAAAGACAGUGAAGAAGAGGAGGAAGGGGAGGAAGAGGAGGAGGAAGAGACAUCAGAUUUAAGAAACAAAUGGCAUCUGGUGAUUGACCGCCUCACUGUGCUCUUCUUAAAAUUCCUGGAGUAUUUUCACAAACUGCAGGUGUUCAUGUGGUGGAUUUUGGAGUUGCACAUCAUCAAAAUUGUUUCAUCGUACAUCAUCUGGGUCUCUGUGAAAGAGGUGUCACUGUUCAACGCUGUAUUUUUGAUUUCUUGGGCUUUUGCUCUGCCAUACGCCAAGCUACGCCGUCUGGCUUCAAGUGUCUGCACCGUCUGGACGUGUGUGAUCAUCGUCUGCAAAAUGUUGUACCAGCUGCAAACCAUUAAGCCUGAGAACUUUUCUGUUAACUGUUCCUUGCCAAAUGAAAACCAAACGAAUAUACCCAUCCACCAGUUGAACAAGUCUCAACUCUACAGCACUCCUAUUGACCCAACAGAAUGGGUCGGCCUGAGGAAAUCUUCCCCUCUGCUCGUCUACCUGAGGAAUAAUCUGCUGAUGCUGGCCAUUCUGGCCUUUGAGGUUACAAUUUACCGCCAUCAGGAAUACUAUCGAGGUCGAAACAACCUCAUGGCCCCUGUGUCUAAAACCAUCUUUCAUGACAUUACAAGACUCCAUCUAGAUGAUGGACUUAUUAAUUGUGCCAAAUAUUUCAUAAAUUACUUCUUCUACAAGUUUGGUCUGGAGACCUGUUUCCUAAUGUCAGUUAAUGUAAUCGGUCAGCGAAUGGAUUUCUAUGCCAUGAUUCACGCCUGCUGGCUAAUCGCUGUCUUGUAUCGGCGCAGAAGAAAGGCCAUUGCUGAGAUCUGGCCCAAGUACUGCUGCUUCCUGGCAUGCAUCAUCACCUUCCAGUAUUUCAUCUGCAUCGGCGUCCCUCCGGCUCCUUGCAGGGAUUACCCGUGGAGAUUCAAGGGUGCUAGCUUCAACGACAACAUCAUAAAGUGGCUGUACUUCCCAGACUUCAUCGUGCGGCCCAACCCCGUGUUUCUUGUCUAUGACUUCAUGCUGCUCCUGUGCGCCUCCUUGCAAAGGCAGAUCUUUGAGGAUGAAAACAAGGCUGCAGUGCGGAUCAUGGCAGGGGACAACGUGGAGAUCUGCAUGAACCUCGACGCGGCCUCCUUCAGCCAGCACAACCCCGUGCCAGAUUUCAUUCACUGCAGAUCAUACUUAGACAUGUCCAAAGUGAUCAUCUUCAGCUACCUCUUCUGGUUUGUCCUCACAAUCAUCUUCAUCACGGGGACAACCAGGAUCAGCAUCUUUUGCAUGGGUUACUUGGUGGCCUGCUUCUAUUUCCUGCUCUUUGGGGGUGAUUUGCUGCUGAAACCCAUCAGGAGCAUCCUGCGCUAUUGGGACUGGCUGAUUGCAUACAACGUUUUUGUGAUUACGAUGAAAAACAUAUUAUCAAUAGGAGCGUGUGGAUACAUUGAAAAAUUGGUUCAAAAUAGUUGCUGGUUGAUCCAAGCGUUCAGCCUGGCCUGUACAGUCAAAGGCUAUAAAAUGCCUGAUGAUGAUUCCUCAUGUAAACUCCCCAGUGGUGAAGCAGGAAUUAUUUGGGACAGCAUAUGUUUUGCCUUCCUCCUACUGCAGAGAAGAGUUUUCAUGAGUUACUAUUUCCUACAUGUUGUGGCUGAUAUAAAAGCUUCACAGAUCCUGGCAUCAAGAGGGGCUGAACUUUUCCAGGCCACAAUUGUAAAGGCCGUAAAGGCAAGAAUUGAGGAAGAGAAAAAAUCAAUGGAUCAACUGAAGAGGCAGAUGGAUCGCAUCAAAGCCAGGCAACAGAAAUACAAAAAGGGUAAGGAGAGGAUGCUGAGCUUGACCCAGGAAUCAGGGGAAGGCCAAGACAUCCAAAAACUCUCUGAAGAGGAUGAUGAAAGAGAAGCAGACAAACAGAAAGCCAAGGGCAAAAAAAAGCAGUGGUGGCGGCCUUGGGUUGAUCAUGCUUCCAUGGUCAGGAGUGGAGAUUAUUAUUUGUUUGAAACGGAUAGUGAAGAGGAGGAAGAGGAAGAACUGAAAAAGGAAGAUGAAGAACCUCCGAGAAGGUCCGCUUUCCAGUUUGUUUAUCAAGCCUGGAUCACGGACCCUAAAACAGCACUCCGACAGAGGCGCAAAGAGAAAAAAAGGUCUGCAAGAGAAGAACAGAAAAGAAGGAGAAAAGGAUCUGGGGAUGGUCCUGUGGAGUGGGAAGCCCGAGAGGAUGAACCAAUCAAAAAGAAAUCUGAUGGACCAGACAAUAUCAUCAAGAGGAUAUUUAAUAUUUUGAAAUUCACCUGGGUCCUGUUUCUGGCAACAGUGGAUAGUUUCACAACUUGGCUUAACUCCAUCUCAAGGGAGCAUAUUGACAUAUCUACGGUUCUGAGGAUUGAACGAUGCAUGCUGACCAGAGAAAUUAAAAAGGGCAACGUUCCCACCCGGGAGAGCAUCCACAUGUACUACCAGAACCACAUCAUGAACCUUUCCAGAGAGUCGGGACUGGACACCAUUGAUGACCGUCCCGGCGCAGCUUCAGGUGCACAGACAGCCCACAGGAUGGAUAGCUUAGAUUCACAUGACAGUAUCUCCAGCUGCUACACUGAAGCAACCAUGCUGUUCUCAAGGCAGUCUACCCUUGAUGAUUUAGAUGGACCAGAAACUGUUCCUAAAACAAGUGAGCGUGCUCGACCUAGGCUUCGUAAAAUGUUCAGCAUGGAUAUGUCCUCCUCAUCAGCUGACAGUGGCAGUUUAGCAUCAAGCGAGCCCACGCAGUGCACCAUGCUGUACUCGCGCCAGGGGACCACGGAAACCAUAGCGGAGGUGGAGGCCGAGCAGGAUGACGAGGCGGUGGCCAAAGAUGCCGAUCAGGGAGGGGAGGAGGCAGCGGACUUGGGGCCGGAGGAGGCCUCGGAGGCCUCGGAGGCCGGCCUCACCCCAGAUGCCGAGCUGCCGCACUACUCCACCGAGGAUGGGGACGUGGAGGCGCCUCCCUCCUACAGCAAGGCGGUCAGCUUCGAGCGCCUGUCCUUCGGCUCGCGGGACGACUCUGCAGGCCAGAGCCACAUGGCCGUGAGCCCUGACGAGAGCCGCUCAGACAGGCUCGAGUCCAGCAUCUUACCGCCCCUGACUCACGAGCUGACGGCCAGCGAGCUGCUGCUGAACAAGAUGUUCCAUGAUGACGAGCUGGAAGAGUCCGAAAAAUUCUACGUUGGCCAACCCCGGUUCUUGCUGUUGUUCUAUGCCAUGUACAAUACUCUGGUGGCCCGCUCAGAAAUGGUGUGUUAUUUUGUGAUCAUCCUCAACCACAUGGUCUCUGCCUCCAUGAUCACCCUUGUGCUUCCCAUUCUGAUCUUCCUCUGGGCCAUGCUGUCUGUGCCCAGGCCCAGUAGACGAUUCUGGAUGAUGGCCAUUGUCUACACAGAGGUGGCAAUUGUGGUCAAGUAUUUCUUCCAAUUUGGCUUCUUUCCCUGGAACAAGAACGUGGAAUUGAACAAAGAUAAACCUUUCCACCCACCGAAUAUCAUAGGAGUGGAGAAGAAAGAAGGCUAUGUCCUUUAUGAUCUCAUUCAGCUCUUGGCUCUUUUCUUCCAUCGGUCCAUUUUGAAGUGCCACGGCUUAUGGGAUGAAGAUGACAUCACCGACAGUGGCACAGACAAGGAAGAGUCGGAUGAUGAGCUGUCCCUCAGUCGUGGCAGGAGAGCCUCCUCUGAUUCUCUGAAAUCCAUCAACCUGGCCGCGUCAGCGGAGUCGGUGCACGUGUCCUUCCCGGAGCAGCCCACGGCCAUCCGGAGGAAGCGAUCGGGCAGUAGCUCCCAGAUAUCCCCCAGAUCCAGCUUUUCUUCCAAUAGGUCCAAAAGAGGCAGCACAAGCACCCGAAACAGCAGUCAAAAAGGAAGCAGUGUUUUGAGCAUCAAGCAGAAAAGUAAAAGGGAACUUUAUAUGGAAAAGCUUCAAGAACAUUUAAUCAAAGCAAAAGCAUUUACCAUAAAGAAGACUUUGCAAAUAUAUGUGCCCAUCAGACAGUUCUUCUACAACCUCAUCCAUCCAGACUACAGUGCUGUGACCGAUGUGUAUGUGCUCAUGUUCCUGGCUGACACUGUUGACUUUGUCAUCAUCGUCUUUGGCUUCUGGGCCUUUGGGAAACACUCAGCAGCAGCAGACAUCACCUCUUCGCUGUCAGAGGACCAGGUCCCUGGGCCUUUUUUGGUGAUGGUCCUAAUUCAGUUUGGAACCAUGGUCGUGGACCGAGCACUAUACCUCAGGAAGACCGUCCUGGGAAAGGUCAUUUUCCAGGUCAUUCUUGUGUUUGGAAUUCACUUUUGGAUGUUCUUCAUCUUGCCUGGUGUGACUGAGAGGAAAUUCAGCCAGAACCUGGUUGCUCAGCUUUGGUACUUUGUGAAAUGUGUUUACUUUGGGUUAUCUGCCUACCAAAUCCGUUGUGGCUACCCAACGCGAGUCCUUGGAAACUUCCUCACCAAGAGCUACAAUUAUGUCAACCUCUUCUUGUUUCAAGGGUUCCGCCUCGUUCCCUUUCUGACUGAGCUGAGGGCUGUGAUGGACUGGGUGUGGACAGACACGACCUUGAGCCUCUCCAGCUGGAUCUGUGUGGAGGACAUCUACGCUCACAUAUUCAUCCUGAAGUGUUGGCGGGAGUCUGAAAAAAGAUACCCGCAGCCCCGGGGGCAGAAGAAGAAGAAAGUGGUGAAGUAUGGCAUGGGAGGCAUGAUCAUCGUUCUGCUCAUCUGCAUUGUCUGGUUUCCCCUUCUCUUCAUGUCCUUGAUCAAAUCUGUGGCGGGGGUCAUCAACCAGCCCCUGGACGUCUCGGUCACAAUCACCCUGGGAGGGUACCAGCCUAUUUUCACAAUGAGUGCACAGCAAAGCCAGUUGAAAGUUAUGGAUCAGCCCAAGUUUAAUAAAUUUAUGAAAGCUUUUUCUAGGGACACUGGUGCUAUGCAAUUUCUGGAAAAUUAUGAAAAAGAAGACAUAACUGUAGCAGAACUGGAAGGAAACUCAAAUUCUUUGUGGACCAUCAGCCCUCCCAGUAAGCAGAAAAUGAUAAGCGAACUCAUGGACCCCAAUAGUAGCUUCUCUGUUGUUUUUUCAUGGAGUAUUCAGAGAAACAUGAGUUUGGGUGCAAAGGCAGAAAUUGCAACCGAUAAGCUUUCUUUUCCUCUUAAAAAUACCACACGAGAACAUAUAGCUAAAAUGAUAGCCGGCAACAACACGGAAAGUUCAAGAACACCGGUGACUAUAGAAAAGAUCUACCCGUAUUACGUGAAAGCACCUAGUGAUUCGAAUUCAAAACCUAUAAAGCAACUUUUGUCUGAAAAUAACUUCAUGAAUAUCACCAUUAUUUUGUCCAGAGACAAUACAACUAAAUCUAACAGUGAGUGGUGGGUUCUCAACCUGACUGGAAACAGAAUAUACAAUCAGCACGCUCAGGCCUUGGAACUGGUGGUCUUCAAUGACAAAGUCAGCCCGCCCAGUCUGGGGUUCCUGGCUGGCUAUGGUAUCAUGGGAUUGUAUGCUUCGGUUGUCCUUGUGAUUGGGAAGUUUGUCCGUGAAUUCUUCAGUGGGAUUUCUCACUCCAUCAUGUUUGAAGAGCUUCCAAAUGUGGACCGAAUUCUGAAGUUGUGCACAGAUAUUUUUUUAGUUCGAGAGACAGGGGAACUGGAACUCGAGGAAGAUCUCUAUGCCAAAUUAAUAUUCCUGUACCGCUCACCAGAAACCAUGAUCAAAUGGACUAGAGAAAAAACAAAUUGAUGCUUUAAGACACAGACUGCAGAUCAAAUUAACAUUUGAAUUUUUAAAAAAGCACAAUAUCCUCAUAAGAGCUAAGCAUUUCUAGUUGGAUGGAAAUGGUUUCUCUUCUGACAGGCGGUCAAAAGGAGCUGACUUCCUUCUGCAGUCUAAGCUACCUUGUAAAUGAAGGCGCUGUUGAAAAUGUUAUUUGUAAUUCCAUUUCUCCAAAAUCAGGGCUAUUUGUUUUAUGAUAUAGUCAACAGUGUCUUGCAUUCUGAUUGACGAUGCAAAGGAAUCAUUUAUGGGUCUCCUCCCUCAGAGAAACAGGAGAGAAGAAGGGAAAAGGAAAGUUGCCCAUGGUUUUCUGGGCGGAGCCCGCACACUUCCUGAAGAGAUGCUCUAGUUCAGUAGGCCGCACCCUGUUGCCAACGGGGAAGCUGCUGUGGGGAGAACAGAUGGGCCUCAGCACGCCCCGAAAACACGCAACAGCAAUAGGAGGCUGAAACUCCUGAAGAGA